UAAGGGGAGGAGAGGGGAUUUGGUCCGGCUGCGCAGCGAGUGUGGCAGGGCUGAGCUGCAGGCUUGCCCUCCGCCUGAGAGCAGGUUACUUGCGAAAGCAACCAAACAAACAGCCCCCUCUUCCCCUCCCUCCCCCGAGGGACUGUAAUUACAGUGUUUAUAGGCCGGAGAGGUCUGAAAAGGGCAUGCGUGUUAAACAUGGAGGAAGAGGAAGAUUACAUGUCUGAUUCGUUUAUCAAGCAGGAUGUCAGGCCAGGCUUGCCCAUGGUGAGGCGGAUGAAAGAAGCUAUUCAGAAGGAAGAGAAGCAGAAAGAAGCCAAUGAGAAAAACAAGCAGAAGAGUAUAAAAGAAGAAGAAAAAGAGAGACGUGAGUUGGUGCUGAAAAGUGCGUUAGGCAAUGAGAACAAAGGCUUUGCUUUGCUCCAGAAGAUGGGCUACAGGAGUGGCCAAGCUCUUGGCAAAAGUGGAGAAGGCAUUGUUGAACCUAUUCCUCUGAACAUAAAAACAGGCAGAAGCGGGCUUGGUCAUGAGGAAUUCAAAAAGCGAAAAGCCGAAGAAAAACUAGAAAACUACAGACAAAAACUCCAUAUGAAAAAGAAAGCAAAUGAGCAGGCUGCAGAUCAGUUCCGAAUAAGAUUCAAAAACAAGCAAGAAGAACGUAAGAUGGAAGGAGACCUUCGAAAAAGCCAGAGGGCCUGCCAGCAGUUGGAUAUGCAAAAGGAUAUUGAUGUUCCCAAGGAGAUUUGGUAUUGGACAGAACCUGAAGAGGAAGAAAAAAAGGAUGAAGACAAGGAAGAUGAAUGCACAAGUUCAGACUUGAGUGUAUCAGAAAAGUUACAGAUCCUGACCGCUUAUUUGAGAGGAGAACAUUUUUACUGCAUUUGGUGUGGAAUAACCUAUGAAGAUUCUGAAGAUUUAUCUUCAAACUGCCCUGGAGACAGUGCUGCAGACCAUGACUAAAGUCGUCCUAAAGAAAGGAAUCCUAGAUAAAUAUGUAUAGUCCAUAACUUUUUUUAAAAAAGAUGGAGUACUAUGCCAGACUCUGUAUGAAUUCAUACAAAGCAUGCAGAAGAGGAGAAAUGUUGACGGGUUAAACUGCACAUUUCUGAAGCAUUCUAUGCAUUUUCUGCUUGAUUAACAAUUUAAUAGGAAUUACAACUUUACGUUUAUAUUUGCACUACUGUAAUUUAGAGGCAGGUAAGACUUCUACAGUCUUCACUUAAGCCCUGUCUUGAGCUGAUAAUAAAAUUCAGGUUUAAAUGAGGGGAUAACUAUUAACUAGUUACUCUGUUUAUAGUGUGUUAAACAAGUGUUUUUGUAUCUUUAAAAGAAUGGUUGUACAUCUGUGUUGUAACUGAGUUUAUUUUUUCUUAUCAUCUUAUACCCAGUGAAAAAAGCUUGUGAAAUAUUA